AUGGCUUCAUCUUCAGAACAGAAUAGGAAUAUUCAUGUGUCUGAACAUAUUUGGGAUGGUCGGGAUCAUCCUAUUUUGAAGGUUAGGAAGAGUCAAUUUAUUCCAGUUGGUUUGGAUGGUGUUCCAAAGGAGAUCCUUCCACAUUUAGAACUUGAGGGAUUUACUGGGAUUGCUCACGUAUGUCAGUUUCCAUUAGACCUCCCCGUUGAUCACUGCAUUAGUAGAGAGAUGGAGGCCAGAGACACACAUUUUCACUUGCCUCCAGACGAGUGUACGAUCACUUUGCAGGAUAUAUCUGUGUUGUUAGGCUUACGGAUUGAUGGAAGACCUGUGAUAGCACCUAUUGGAGGUAAUUAUGCUGAUAUUGUUGAGGAGAGCCUGGGAUUAGACCAUCACGUGUAG